AUGACCAGAUCACCCAACACACCACCAGCAUGCGGUCUUCCGUCCUGGCAUAUUAGCUUAAAUCUCGACUCCAGGCCGCCCUUCAAUCCAUAUUUACAGGAUCCCAGCAAUCCCAACAUCGAGCGCAACACAGACAGUGACCCAGACACCUCCACGUCCUCAACAUGGAUACCUCAGGGCCCAACCAAGCAGGGCUUUGUCAUCCAUCCAGACAACCCACGCGAGCAUCUCCGCUCCAAGGUCCCUCCGUCCAUCGCCACGCACCGUGGCAGUCUGUGGAUGGCAUGGACCGACUUUGACGACCAGGUAUGGUACAGCUCUACCGUACCCGACGGUCAUGGUGAGGUUUUUGGGCGGCAGGAGAAGUUCCCAUACCAAGGGAAGAAUGGGAUUCCCAUGAUAGCCAACCUUAACGGUGUCCUGCACGCCGUCGUGGUCUCAGCAGACACCGGAGCCAUGUUCCACUAUAUCAACGACGCGGACGAUGAGGGUUUCAUCCACCAAGGGCCUCUGCCUGGAGGCUGCGUCGCCGCAAAAGGCACCAGGGGACCAGCACUCGCGGCCUUUCACAACAAGCUAUUCCUAGCAUACAUCGGUCCGGACCAGAGGCUGUCCUACAACCAGUGGGAUGCCGACUCCCAGGCCUGGUCGCCCACCCAGAGCAUCUGCGGCGGCCAGUUCCAGGGCAAGCCAGCGCUUUUCGUGCUCAACGGGGCGCUGCACGUGCUCUGCGAGGCGGCCGACCCCAACAGCGGCGACAUCCUGGGCUACAGGUACGGCUACAGCGAGUCCGGGUGGGCCUGGGACCCAACCGACGACGUCUCGGAGGGCCGGGCGACGCGCGGGGUCAGCGCAGCCUCGUACGGCGGGCACGCCUACUUGGGGUUCCUCAAGUCCGGCGACGACGGCGCCGUCUACGUGGCGGCGCACGCCGACGGCAGGGCGUGGGGCGAGCCGGAGCGCGUUGGUGGCGGCUCGGUGAGGGCGCGGUUCGCGCCGCAGAUGGCGGUCAUGAACGGCCGGGUCUACUGCGUGUUCGCGGGCAAGUGGAAGGGGGACCUGCGCUGGUUCAGCAAGCCCGUGCUGGGCUACGACCUCAAGACGUGGAUGGGCUCGCUCGACGGGCGGGCGUGGCUGAGCGGGCUGACCAUCCCGGGGACGCACGACAGCUGCGCGAGGAGCAACGUGCCGUUUGUCAGGACGCAGUACCUGAGCAUCUCGCAGCAGCUGGCGCUGGGCAUCCGGUUCUUCGACCUGAGGCUGAGGAGGCAUGAUGAUGGGAAGCUUUACUGCUACCAUGGUGGGGUGCCUAUCAACCUGCCCAAGGGUCUGUCGUUUGAUAGCGUUAUGGACGAGGUGUGGGACUUCAUCGGGCCCAAAGAUGACAAGAAGGCUACGGAGACGGUCUUGAUAUCUAUAAACAACGACGACAGGUCCAAGGGGCAGAAAGCCAACCCCAAGGUAUUCUACAAUGCCGUCAAGGAGGCCAUCGACAGCACGCCCACCUACGAGGACGGGUCGAGCAGGUGGUACACCGGGCCGGUGACGGCCAGAUUGGGGGACGUCCGGGGCAAGGCCGUGCUCCUGCGCCGGUACUACGGCGACACGGACGUCGCGCCCACGGAGAGGAUGGGCCUCGACCUGGAGGAGUGGCUCCAGGACGACCCGGACUUCACGAUCGUCACGCCCAACGGCGUCAGGGUGCGGCUGCAGGACAAGUGGAAGUACUCGAAGCGCAGCGGGCUCGACGAGCUCGUAACGUCCAAGCUGGGCCACGUGCGGCGGAUGAUGGAGCUGGCUGCCGGGACGGUGGCGGACCUGGACGAUGACGGGAGGGAGGUUCUGGAGCCGGAGAAGACGUGGUUCAUCAACUUCUGCUCGGCCGUCGGGGAGCCGGUCGAGCACGGAGAGGUGGCCGAGGCCAAGUGGAUCGCCGUCGGGGCGCACAGGAACCUGCGCUUCUUUGGCAGGUGGAUCGAGGGCGUCAACGUCAGGACGAGGGACUACCUCCGCGAGCUGGACGAGGGCGCCGGCAGGGGAGGGACCAGGAGGCUGGGCGUGAUCAACCUGGAUUAUCCUGAGCUUCCUGAGGACAGUGACCUGGUGGCGAGGCUGAUCGAGACGAAUUUCUGA